CUUGAAUUACAAAUCUGAAGCUUCAAAUUCAUUUUACAAAGUGAUCGUUUCUCGUAUAUUCAGACCAAGCAUAUUAAUCUGGAGGAAUUGAGAGCUCGUCCCCUUUAUCUUUUACUGAACCCGGUGCAGUCUGUUCAAACAGUCAACACCACUGCACAAAUACGUUUUACUCAAUUGAGUCGAAAAAUUGUGAAGACAAUAUCGAUUAAUAUUACUUCAUAGUUUUGUUAUUAUUUUGUUUUCACUUUGCUUGUUGUUCUAUUACUUAGUCAUCGAAAUUUCAUACUUUCAUGUAGAGUGCCUUCUUGUUUUCGUCAUGAUAAACUAUCUUUUCAAAUUUUCAACUCAAUCAAUUUAAAUGCUUUAUUGCUAGAACAUUUCAGUGAAAUUUACAGAAACAAGUUUGUAUGCUUGCUACUUCAUGUUAGUUAUGAUAUAUUGUGAAGAAACAAACAAUAAUGACGAUAGUGUACUAAUAAUUUAGCCAAGUCAUAUCAAAUUCCGCUACAUUCAUUCCUUAAUCAUUUCCAAAUUUCUCUGUACAUCGGGUUUUUAAACUUUCCUUUACAAUGCUGCGUUGUGUGAAGCGAAAAUCAAGUAAGAGUAGGACACCGGUGACCGGUAGUUCAAAUGAAAGAGGCUGUUCCACAUUACCACGUAUGUUUCAUCGGUCGGAUAGUGAAGAAGAUAUUUCAGAAAAGCCGUCAUCUUCAUCUUCCAAUAGGUUAACAAGAUGGACGAUGGAAAAGAAAUCCGCUACAUUAACAGCUGGCUCCACAUUAUCUUCUGGAAAUGAGACGAAAUCAAAAAGCAAACCUUUCACAUUUCUGCGUACAUUAUCUUUGGGUUCAUUAUUUUCUCCCUCAAGAAAACGUCGAAAAGAUGAUUCAACUACCGCUUAUUCUUCAGGUUUAAUGUCACCUGAUGUAGAGUUACAAACAUUAUCAAAUGAGUCACAGACUAAUAUUCAACAGAGACAAAAUGAAACUGAUGUUAGUCCAUCAGAAGGAUCCCUAACACCAACGGCUGAUGAAACCUAUAGACCUCAGUUUUGUAAGCAAGAGUUAUACUUAGAGAAAUUAACAAGAGAUGCCUAUAACUAUCCAAGAGACGAGACAAAUAAGACUCCAACAGAUGAAAACCCACAUAUUGUAUCUGAGGGAAAACAUUUGAAAAGAUAUCCAGAUGAUCAGCACGAUUCAGGUAGAAGUUCAACCAGAGAAUCAGCAGAUGUUUCUGUAGCAUCUGAAGGACCAAAAAAGAAACCAGCCAUAAAUGGUUUGCCUAUUGAACUUGAAACGAAAGCAGCACCACCUGAUAAACAUUGGCAAGUCUUACCUAAUGUUCAACAAAUUACCAGUGACAUUACUGUGAACUAGGUUGACAACAGGACACAACGGUUCAGGCUAAUUGGAAUUCAGAAUACGGGCAAACUACGAUCUCUCAUCCAGUGGAAACAGGUUGCAUCCUUUCUGUAUAUUAACAGGUAAAUGAUAUUUGUCGUUGUAGAAAGUUUUGCAACACAGAAGAAAUUGUUAGUUGUUAAACUAAAUUCAGCUUGAAAAUAAAAAAGGAAGUAGCUUAUCAGGAACAUUAGAUUCUGAGUUUCAGAUAAAUGUAAACGGUCACUUUUAUGAUUCGUAAUGGUAAUAUAGAUCUGAGGUUGUGGAGUUUGUUGAAUUUAGUUCAAACUAAAAACCGGUCUAUGUCAGACAACCAUUUGGAGCCUUGAGGCACUAGAAGGCCAUUUAAUCAUAAUAUGAGACUCCUCAGCAAUGGCAUUCAUGGCUCCACUGGCAGGAGUCGAACCCAAGAAAUUCGGACUCCUGCGCGAACGAUCAACUACUAACCAGUCAGCCGUGUUCGAACGGUACCAAUGUCUAACUUUAACUAAUCCAUGACAUUGAUCGAGCAUCUGUUGUCUUCUGUGGGUAACUGAAUCACACCCGACACGCUCUGGCUUCAUUGGUCACAACUUCUCACUUGAACUUCGAAAAUUUCUUCUCGUAGUUAGUGACUGGUGAUCACAUGGUAACUGUCAAUACAGGGUUGUAAAGAUUGCCGAAUUUUAUUGAAAUUAGGACGACAGAGAUGCUCAUACUACAGGGAAACAGCUGUACUUCCAGAUGUUCAGUGGUGUUCUAACAGACCGGUUAUUGAUUUCAAAACGUUAAGUAUUUUAAAUAUUGAAAGCACUACAGAAAGUACGUAAUUCCUCACAUAGUAACGCCAAAACCUACGUUAUUCAUCAAAAAAUAUUUUCACAUAUAACAAAUACAUCGAAACAAGCUAACAUUAAGUUUUACCUAAUGCCUGCGAAUUUAUCAGUCAUUAGUAGGAGUAAAAUCCAGUAGUAAUUACCAUUUGGAGCAUGACGUUUUAGCCGUUUAGGGUUGGUCAAGCUUUUUCUGUUGAAGCCUUCUGGGUUUUCUGGAAAUGGUUUCCAUGUUUGAAGGCUCACAAACCCACCGUACAGAUAUAAUUUCAUGGGAAAAUCGGUACCCCCGGCAUCUUAACGCUUGGGCGUCGCACUAGGGGAAAGUCGACGCUAGAUACAUAUCACUAACGCAUAGGUGUUUACCUAUGUAUCCCAUAGAAACUAUAUAGGUAUAUUCACUCACCCAAGAGCGUUUGUGGUCACCUCUCCCUAAUACUUAAUACCAUAUCUUUGUCCUUGAUCUGUUGUCUCAAACCGUUAAUUUUAUUAGAUAUAAGGGAGACAUUGCAGCUUUUUUUCCCCUUGCAAACUCAGCGAGUACUCUUCACACAUAACUAUGCACACAAAUAUGCAAGCUGAGAUUUGUGAAAUUUCUAUACAUGAGCAUACAUAUCGGCUAGCCAGUUACGACUUUAAAGUCUGGAAGAGUAAGCCCCGAGUAAUCCGUGCUCAAUAUAAGAGUGGUUUAUCAGUCCAUUCUUUUCUGACCGCCCAAAGUAGUUAACGAGGUUGCUUCCACUACUCAUCAGUGCAACAAGGAGACUUCGAGUCGGAUUUGAAGCAUACCUACUAAUAAAUAUGGAAAAUGGAUGGAAAUCAACGAAAUACUUCAUUAUACAGUGGUACGAUGAAAUGUUUUCAGCAUCAAGGUUUAUAUUAUAAAGCUUACUAAGAUUAAAAAUUGAAAUUAUGCUAUCACACAUAGUCUAAAAGCAUUUUAACAUCAUAGAAAAUAAUUCUUCUACUUAUUUUUCGAAUCAAACAUCAACAAAUGUUUAUUAUAAUCUUAGUUUAAUAUACGAAGAGCAUCACAGUUUCGUAACAAGUUUGGAUAUUCGUUCUUUGAGUGCUAAAAAUUUUACAAGCUAAUAGACCAUUAAAAAGAUUUAAUGGUUAAUUUCGUAUGAUAUAAAUUUAUCAUUUAACCCAUACUUUUCUUCUGAAACAAAUUUAAUAGUAAUUCACAAAUUCUAAUUUCAUUGUUUCUUACAAAAUCAUAUUGGUAGACUUGUCUCUGGGAUUAUUCCAUGAUACACGCUUCUUAACAAAAAAAUUCGUUAUAACACGAAUUUAAAACCACUGUGUCACCAAGUAAGAUUCAUAUACUCAGCCAGACACAUAGAUUUUGCCUGACUGUUAGUGAUAUACAAUGGCUACCAACCGGAAAUGGAGUUCUGUGCAUCUUUCUAUAAGACAGUUUACACAUUACCUCAUGAAACUACAUAAUGGACUACAUCAGUUGGGAAAAUAAAUGUAUCACUCAAAAAGGCCUUGAGAAAGAAAAAGGGAGGUAACAUAUAGGAGUUAUUCCAUUUACUUGAGAUAUGAGUUCUAUAUGGAUUAAAUGGGUGAAAUUUGAUAAUUUUAUUUACACGCAAUCCAAUGAACUAGCUAGUUGCUUGGUUACAUGCUAUGGUGAUUAUCUCGUUCAUAAUUAAAUUUCUUUAUGAAUACAAAUUACUUAUAAUCAAUGGAUUGUACCAAAAAAUGUGAUUUUAAUUAUAGUAAAUGUAGUAGUAAUAAUAAUAGUGAACUAAUUGCUUACUUUAGUUCACUAUAGGCCACUGAAGCAUUUAAGGGAGUUAUUAUAGUUGAAUAAUCUUUUCCCAAUUGCUUUUCAAAAAGUACAUAGCUUAAUUACUUUCUAAUAAUCAGGGCUGCAUUAUACAUAGACUGACCUAAAUGACAGGUAGAUGUUCUAAGCUAACGAGGGGUUGAUUAUUCUAUCAAACAAUAAGUAGCAUACACACAAUCUGAAGUGAUAAUAUCCAGUCCAAUAGAAGUAUGAAAUGCCAAUUAUAAUAAAAAUGCGAGAAUAAUCCGUGAUUGGAAAAUAUAUUUUAACAUCAUUACAAAAUAUUUGCUGUACGGUUGGGGAAUAAUUGACGAUCAAUUAAAACAAAUAUUUUAGCGAAAAAAUCCUCAUUUACAUUAUUUCAUUUUCAAAAGCUGUCCAAUCGUAUCUAUGUGAGAUAAUUAGUGUGACUAACAAGUUUUGUGAGUCAGUAUUCUGGAGUAUGGUAACUGAAAAUGAUGGAGUUCAUUUCACAAUAAGUGGAUAAAAUAGAUUAUCAGUAAAUAACUAAAUCAAUGGAUAGACUAGGAAUUAAACUACCAAUGAUCGCAGACAAAUGACUAGCAAUUGAGAAAGGUAUUUGCUUAUCCUGUGUUCUUAAGUGACGGUUGGGGUUCACUUGUUUUUGUAGCCACUUAGAUAUGUGUUCACAUACAUUUACAUGUAGAUUACUAUUGUUCCUCCUGAUGUAUAUGUGUACAUAGAUACACACAAACUGAUAAGCGUAACGAGAUGUGAUACACAUUUAAGUGCCGUUUAAUUUUUUAAGAAAUCAUGGACCUUAGAUUCUUAAAACAAGCUAGGUUGAGUAAAACGUUUUACUGAUCCCUAAUUUUAAUUCUGGUUUUAACACAAGACUGUUUGAGUCACCUCUGAAAGGUAGGUGUUAGCGGAAUAUAUAUUGGAUUAAAGCAGGUUCCGUGCAGGAUUGUGUGGGUGCACACUGAUUGGCUAUUUCUUAUCCAAUCAGUGCUAAUGGAUCGUUGGAAAAGACUAGAAUUUUCUCAUUAAAAACUACAAAUAUACAAACUUUUUUAAAAUUGUGCUUCUUACCUCCACCUACUCUUGUUAUUUGGAGCAUAAUUUCAUUCCUGUCCAACCGUGUUCCUAUUUGGGGACUUGUCGAGUGAAUCGGUGUCCAAGAAUACUAAGCAAUAGGAAUAGCUGUGUCGUAUGAAGAAAAAUCAUAACAGUGGCGACGAAGAAAGGGGAAAACACAUUCAAGUUGCCGAUAUCAGAUGACCAGCUCAACCGAAUACUACAACAACAGCAGGCACAACUUGAUGCACAAAUGCUGUAGUUAAUGACUUUGACGCACCAACGUAACAUCCACUGCUCGAGUUCACACGCUUUUCCAAAUACUUCUUGUGAUGCAGUUGCUAGUAGCAUUUCAGAAUUCAACUAUGACCCCGAUGGUAGAAAUACCUUUCUCAGAUGGUCCAAGCGUUGGGAAGGUACAUUUCGAAUAGAAUUCUGUAGAUAAGAUAACUUUUGGAAAACUCGAUUGUUGAUACGUAAGUUGGGAAGCAAUGAACAUACACGUUAUACUGACCAUAUAUUGCCAAAGUUACCACUAGAGUUCAGUUUCGAGACGGUAACUGAAUUGUCGGAGAUAUUCGGUGAAUCAUCCUGAUUGUUUAGUAUCUAGUGUUUAGUGUCUAAAUUCGGUGAAACAUGAAGUCGAUGAAUAUGGUGCUCUAGCAGAUGUCAUCAACGGAGAGUGUGAACGGUUCAAGUUAAGCUCAUUAACAGAGGACUAAUUUAAAUGCCUAAUAUUUAUCAAAGUCAUUCAGCCACCACGAGAUGCUGAGAUUAGGACUAGAAUUUUAACUCGACUGGAUCAAGAUCCAGACGUCACACUCAGGACAUUGACGGAUGAGUAAACGGCUACAAGUCAUCAGACAACAAUCAGUUGCUUGAAUAGGUAAAUCCUAACUUAACCUGCAGUGGUAUCGAUGCUAUUACUAGGUUAACAGCUCAGAAGCCGAGGACAACUCUUGACAAACCAACGACCGCCUGUUGGUUAUGCAGUGAUUAGCAUUAUGUACAAUUCUGCCCACUUAAGAAGCAUAAAUGUCAGGUGUGCAACAGACGUGGACAUAAAGAAGAAUAUUGUCCACCGAAUCGUACGUUCCAGCCCAAAAAGAAACAUAAACGUCCUCGAUAUGUGGUGAAACCAGCUGAAUCUAAGUCUCUGUGGUAACAGAUUUUUAAACAGGCUAUGAUAUUCGGAGAAAGUGUAUUACUAUCCAGAAUAAAGGCAUAUCAGCUCAUCUUCAAAUUGACACGGUAUCCGAUAUCACCCUAGUGUCUAGAGAAACGUAUAAACCUCUUGGGAAACCGCUAAUGAAGCUGUCUAAGAAAACUGCUAAAAACGCAUCAGGAAGAUUGCUAAAAUUGGUCGGCGAACUACGUUGUGAAUUUUCCUUCAAUGGAACUCACUAUAAGAAUAUGUUAUCUAACAGAACGGCCAAACCUUGAUCUUCCUGGUCUAGAUAUGCUACAAAAACUUAGAAUAAUGGAUGUACCCAUUAACAUUGUCUGCAACGUGUCGUGUUUAUAAUUGGACACCCCAGUAUUUGCAAAACAGACAGGUGAGGGGUUGCUAGAAAAACUGGAGGAAAUUUGCCUCUAUUUUUCAGAAUAGCCUUGGUCACUGUACCAAGAUGAAAGCUCACUUAACAGUGAAACCAGAUGCCAAAGCUGUUUUUCGUCCGAGACGUCCUAUACCAUAUUCUGCUCUUGAACUAGUCGAUUAAGGAUUUAAUCACUUGCAACAGGCUGAUGUAAUCCAACCAGUCAACUACUCUGCAUUGGCCUCACCAGUCAUAGUGAUAAAGAAAGCCAAUGGAACUGUACAAAUAUGUGCCGACUUCUCAACCGGUUUAAAUAUUGCAUUGGGUGUAUAUCAGUUUCUAUUAACAGUUCCUGAAGACCUGUUUGCUUAGCUUAAUAGUGGAACAUGUUUCGCGAAAAUAGACUUCUCCGAUGCUUAUCUACAAGAGGAGGUAGAUAAAGAUAGGAGGGGGUUUCUGACUAUUAACAUUUCCAACACACCCGCCUAUUAUUUGGCAUCAAGACCACACCUUUGAUCUUUCCGCAAAUAUUGGAUAUGAUGCUAACAGGUAUACCUGGUACAGCCUCUUUUAGCAUAUUUUAAACCCAGCUUGGGAAUUGUUGUUGCAUCUGAUGCUUCUAAUCAUGAAGUUGGAGCAGUGAUACCUCACGUGUUUCCGGACAAAUUAGAAAAGACAAAUGCUUAUGCUGCUGGAUCACUCACCCCAGCCAAGCAGAACUACAGUCAAAUUGAAAAGAAAGCUCUUACAAUUAUUUUCGCUGUAAAAAGAUUUCAUAAAAUGCUCUGUGGCCGUACGUCUACUCUACUGACAGAUCACAAUCCUUUGAUUGUAAUCUUUGCUUCUAAAAAAGAAAUUCCUGUAUAUACGGGUAAUAGAUUACAGCGCUGGGCAACAACGCUUCUGAGCUAUGAUUUCAAUAUCAAGUAUCAGUCGGCAAAUACUAUCAGUCAAGUUGACGCUCUCUCUCAAUCGAUUGGAGUUAAACACCAUGGACGGGAGGACAUGUUCAUUGCUUCCAUAUUAGUAGAUCCAGAAAUACAAGUAUAGUAGCAGAUGCUAUUCGAAACACUCCAGUGUCGACAGAUGAAGUCAGGGAAGAAACUCUCUGAGACCCAGUCCUACGAGAAGUUAGAAAAGUUCACCUAGAAGAGUGGCCCUCAAGUUAAGCUCCACAGAGCUGCGGAAGUUUUACCAGCGUAGACUCUCUCAAUCAUCGAAGACUGCCCGCCGUUUUCCGAACGUUUCAUAAAUCCAAAGAAGCUGCAACCAGCAUUGUUUGAACAGUUGCACUCAGGACAUCCUGGAGUAAAUCGCAUGAAAGCACUAACACGAAGUUAUGUAUACUGGCCGUAUUUAGACACCCAACCGGUGCAUCUGUCUCUUUCGUGUACGAAGUGUGCGUUAGCAACAAAAGCACCGCGGAAAGCAGAGCUGCAAUCAUGGUCAACACCACGGUCACCGUGGCAGCGUAUACACUUGGAAUUCGUUGGUUCACUUCAUGGACAAACUUACUUUUUAGUGGUUGAUGCAUAAAGCAAGUGGCCAGAAAUUUUUCUCAUGAAACAUCUAACUGCAAGAUACACAAUCAGAAAACUACGUCAACUAUUCAGUCGUUUCGGGGUUCCAGAAUUAAUAGUUAGCAACAAUGGAACACAGUUUAUGUCCGAAAUCUUCUCAGAAUUUUGCCGGCAGAAAGAAGACAGUCAUGUCCGGACACUUUUAUUCCAUCCCCAAUACAAAGGCAAAGUGGAACGCUUUGUUGGUACAUUUAAAAAUACUGUAAAAGAAUCGAAAGUCGAGGAGACCACCGAGGAAAUCUAAGAGAGGUUCCUGCUUAUAUAUCGUCCUACACUGAACCCUCAGACGAUUGACGGGGUCUCUUUAUCAGGAGAUCUACUUGGCAGAAAAGUGCGAACACAUUUUGAUGUCAUUCUUCCGACGCCAGCUCUUGUGCCUCAACAAAACGUAUCGAUAGAGAAGCAGUUCAAUCGACAUCGUGGGGCACAAAGACGAUUGCUUGCGAUGGGUCAAAAAGUAUUUGCUAUGGACUAUCGUGGAAAACAUCAUACGUGAAUAGCUGGUCAGAUCGUGCAAAAGAAAGAGAAUGUGGUUUAUGAAUAGUCAGUUGGCUCAGAAGUUUGGGUGCUUCAUGCUAAACAAUUGAAAGCAAGUUCGAUAACCAGAAACGAGACUCAAUACAGAAUACCUCUUGACAUUUUACUGGACACCUUUGAAAUCGAAACGUUUGGAACAGACAGGUCAAUUUCCGUGCAAGCAAAGAGUGAUACCACUUUUUAAUUACCUAGAAGAUGGACAACUCGAAAGCACAGGCCGGUUGUGCGAUUGCAGUAAGACCAUAGCACCAUAUCCUACGAAUCUGCUCAAAGGGGAGUUGUUAUCAUAACAUAGAUAUCGAUUUAUUGAAUUUAAUGAACAUUUAUCUUGCAUCAGUCUUUCAGUUGAUGCUUAAUUCUUCCUAGAUAGCAUCUCUUGUGCAAAUACCAUUAAUCCUGUUGAAUAAUCUUUUUAUCGACUCUCACUUGUACUGUACUGGACAAUAACUAUGGAAACUGAUAUACUCCCCCGUCCAAAUAGGCAUUCUAUGGGCAGGACGUUUAAUGUAACCAUCGCCUCUUCUACUAACCAGUAUAUAUCAAAAAAGGAAGCUAAAAUAAUCAUUACCUAUUCACGUGAAGGAAUAGUAUGCUUUCGAAAUGUUUUAGUCUUCUGUAACAGGUCGUUCGUAUCUUCACUUUAGCCUCAUAUAACUAUAAUUCAUUCACUUACCACUUAGGAAAACAUCUAUUUUUAAGUGAAUGACAUAAAAAUACCAGCCAACGGUGGUCUUGAGGGACUGUCCUCACCUCCACUACUAAUCUGUUGAAAGUAACUCCUAUCAAAUGACAAUACACCUUAUGAACACAUGGUACCAAUAAAUCUUAAAGAGUUCCUAGAAGAAAAGCCAAUAAAAGAUUAUUUAGCAAGAUAUAGUCAUUCAGAAUAACGAUAGAUUCCCUUAGAGGUACAUUUGUAUACAUAGAGCAUAUGUCAAAGAAGAAUUUUGUCUUAUUCUUGAUGUUAACAUCUAGUAAUUUAUCAAAUCAAAUGAACCUUUCAGAAAACGAAUAGGCUUCAAUGGUUUUGCUAACCAUUUGGCAAAAGUAUGCGUAGAAAAUGACCGAUACAUCCAUAGAGCUGAAAAUAAGGGGUGUUGUUCUGGUGGAAUUUCGGUAACCUAUAUACAUAAAGAGACAACAAAUCAAUGGUUUUAGUAAAUUCAAAUCUUUGUUAUUAAUAACAUUCGUGUUUAGCAACUUUAAUAGAUUCAAGUUUACGCUUCACCUCCAUUAAAUUCAAAAUCAGCCAUAAAUUUACGUUGAACACUGAACGUGGAUAACAUCUUAUUUUUAUAAUCGGACUUAUUCAUAAUUACCAGACCAGACACUAUCGAAUUUAAGCAGGAUGUCAUCGCAAUUACUUGGUAUGUUUUAAAUGAUUCUAAAGACAGAUUUUAAUAUCGUUGUUUGCCUUGAUAUAAGACAUCAGAAUGAAUGAACUAUAUCACCAGUUUGACUCCACAUCAACUUUGACUAUUUAGAGAAGCAGAGACAAAGUCACUUAGUUGAUCUUAGAGAUUUUCUAACUGGAAAAUGUUUACAAAUAUUUGCGACUUUUGGACAGAAAACCAGCACCAUCUAAAAGUGUCUUCUUUCCAUAAGGAGAUAGUACAAUGGAGGGUAAACCGGUCACGCAUUUAUCUGAAUUGACUGAAAACUACUUAACAUAACCGUUAUCACUGCAAAACGUGUCCGGCUUUCUCCUGGUCCUUUCUCUUGUUUUCGUACAUUGAAAUGUGAUUAAUUUAAUAUGACAUAUUAAAGACAUAUCCAAUAAUACAUGAAUAUAAAAUUCAGUCAAAUUUUUACGACAUUUUCCUAUGUAGGCUUUGGUAAGUCGGGUAAGAUUUGAAAUAUUUGAUUGCAGUCUGCUUGAAUAUAAACUCCUGUAUAAUUCCCUUGAGAAUAUGCAUCAUGUGAAACAUGAUUUAUAAAAAUUCAGUUUCACCUUUUCAGAUACUAUUUCACCCUAUAAUUUUGCAAGUUCAUCUAACAUUUUAAUAAUGUGUAUAGGAAGUAAUCGUUACAAAAUUUAAAACAACUAGCCCUCGAUAUAAUUAUAGAUAGUUAAUUGUUAUACUUCAUCUUCUCAUCGAACUACCUAAUUUUGUAAAGGAAACUCCCUAUGUAGAUGAUUAAUAUUUUAGUGGAAUAGAUUAACUGAAUGUACUAUCAAGAUUUCCUUUUGACCGACUAGAUAAUGUAAUGUGAAAUGGCAAAAUAAAAUCUUCAAAUUAUGGAGUAAUAUUUUAUUUAAAAAAUAUGCUGUACUGAUAACAGGAGUAAUUAUGUGAUAAAUUAAGCGACAUAGUAUAUUACCCACCUGUUUUUGAACAUGCAAACAUUCUCCUAAUUUCCUACAACUGAUUUUGAUUAUUUAAUUAAGGUCAUAAUCGCCUUAAAUAAAUGUAAAUGUGUGGCACACAAAGUAGAUGUUCAUGUACUUUUUUUAAAGCACAUUCCUCGCGUCUAGCCUACUGAUAAUGCCCGACUGAUUAAACGAUACAAUAGAGAGUGGUUAUGGAAUAGGUAAUAAACUGGUUGAAACCCAGGCCGUUUGGUAACUAUGCUAUUAAAUUUAAUAUUGUGUAUGUGAUUCAAAUGAUUUUAUUCUUACUAAAAUAAACAAAUGAAACGGAGUGAUGAUUUUUACUAUUUUAUCUUUUCAUACCAAACAACCUGACCAUGUUUAAGAUCACGUAAUAAUGUAAUUUAAGUGACAAUCUCUACAACCUUCAUUCUAAAAACUGACCAUUCAUCGGACAUGAAUAACUUCUAACCACUAAUGACCAUACCACUAAACAACUAAAAAAGAAAAGAAAAUUUUAAGGAAAUAAAAAUUGACAAGACUAAAAAAUAUUAUCUUACGGUUAUUUUUUGUUUUCUUAUAUUGGGAUGUGACCGUAUAGAUAUGAAGAAUUAAGUAUGAAAAAUAGCAUAUUAUUUCUUUAUGCUAUAAUUAGAAUGGUUUUGCUUGAAUGUAUACCAAAGAUGAUAAAGUAAUGUAGGCGCAUGUAAAAGGGCUCUGAAUAAGUUCACUGUAAAUGAUCUAACAAUUUAUUUCAGUUUUAAUUUUAUUGUUUAGUUAGGUAAGAUUUAUUAUUUAAACGCUUAUAGUUUUGGCAAUCUAAAAUUAAUAUAAUGAAAUUUACUUCUCAUAGUUUACCUCUAUUCUUUACACCGUUUAAAUAAUAAUCUCCUUUGAACAAUCUUAUUAAUCAAUAAAUAAAUUCUAACUUACAAGUUGUUUCUAGUUGAUUACCAUAUGUGACUUACUUGAUAAGAGUAGUGUUAGAAAGGUAAUCUUUUUCUAAAGUUAAACAAUUAUCAUGAAAUCAGUGAAUUCGAUUAAUCCUCAGCUGAUUUUCUUCGACUGUAUUGAUAGGCAUGUAAAUACAAAUACUAUAAAAAAUUGAGCAGGCUUAUACCCUAAAACAUUUUGGUUAUUAUUGCAAGACAAUUCGGACAUGGAAGGUCAUUUUGAUAAACUAUUAGAGAGGGAAGUCGUCUGAUGGACCUUCAAGAACUUAUAACCCUGAUUUUAUUAAUCCUAUUUAUUAGUGAGAUAACUAGUAAUAAAAUUGUAUGUUAAGGGAUUCUCUAAUUGAAAAAUAAAAUGAAGUACAUUGUGAUUUAACGUUAGUGAAAAAAUAUUUGGUCUUCUCUCAUUCCAGCGGAAAACAAAUUUUUCAUUUGAAUCGAUGGUACCGUAUGGUUUUCUACGUUUAUUAUAUUCUCGAUUUCCUGAUAUAUAUUAAUAAAGCUGUAUGUAUGAAAGCGAUUACUUGGAUGUACUGCAUAUGUCGAAUAUAUCUUUCGGGCUAUCUUAUAGAAAGUCAAUCAAGAGAGAGCCAUAUGAACUUGAAAUUCUCUUAGCAUCAUAUUAUGUGUAACAUUGUUCUCGGUGAAUUAGUUUAUAUGGUUUUUGAAUUUUUACUAGUGAAACUUAAAUUUAAUGAAUUAAUUAACUUAUCAGUGUGGGGUUGUGGAGAUUGUUAAUUCUUUGAUUGAGAUCAUGAAUCGAUAAAUGUUAGACUAUCAUUGAAAACCUGGAAGCACUGAACGGUCGUUCAACAGUAUGAACGGAUGAAUUUGGAAAAAAACAACUUUUAACAAAUAAUUAUAAAUUAGUUUAAUAAUUUGUUUAAUGAAUAACCUUUCAAUGAGGAGUUUUUUCCGUUAAGAGAGGCUUCACUUAAACUUCAUUAUAUGAAUUCUUUUUGCAUUCUUCUCGUAACUAACUUAACAUCUCAAUUAUGUCUUAGGUCUAUUUUAAUAAAAAAUUACUUGAUAAUCUGACAGUCAUAAGAAUAACAUGUAAAGCUAUAGUUUGCUCCAACCAUAGAACAUUAGCUAUAUAUAAUCGGUAAAUGUGGUUGAUUAAUAUCGAUAUUCUGUAAAUAGUAAGCUUAUAAUUUCCAAGAAGUUUCUUCAUUGCCCAUCCAAAAACCAGAAACUGCAAUUUUAUAUAUCGAGCCAACUGAGAAAAACAUACUUUACUGAAGUUUAUCCAUACUAACAGCAUCCAAAUACUUAACGGUAACCCUUGAAAUAUCAUACUAGCAACUUUAUCGUGAAGCCAAUAGUUUCUGCAUAAGAUUACAGAAGUCACUAUGGUUGGGAUCACAUGAAAGCAUUUUACCGAAACUUAACAAGUCACAUUGCUUACAGUUAAAUGAGCAUUAUUUAUUACUUAAUUUUAUAGUAGUUAUUACAUUAUAAACUUUGAACAUAGGUGUGUAAGAUAUUAAACACUGAUAUUCUUUGCAACUAAUUGAUACAAAAGAUAGUCAGAAAUUUAUUCUAAGUAUUUUAGCUACUGAACAGUAGUAUAAAUUUAUCAGUAAAUAUCUAGGUUUCCGAUGAAUCACCUAAGAAUAAUUACAAGUUGCUCUUAAUCUCUUAGAUUCAUACCCAUUGUUCUUCACUGGGUAGUUGAUUAAAUUGCCCUAAGUUCAUAAUCUUCGUUGAGUGAGAACGGUGUAUAUCAUGGAUAUGUCAAAUGUAAAAAAGUGAUGAUACUUAUCUAUUUACAAUCAUUUAUUUUAGUAUUUUUAUUUUUACUAUUCUUAUUGAUACAUUUUGUCAAAAAGAUACAUUUAUUUUUACUCUCGCUACUAUUCUAUACACGCCAAAUGACCAAAAUGGGUUUUAACAAGUAAACACUGAUUGGUAUCCUAAACAGUUUUUACUUGUAAUAAUCAGCGAUAGUGUUAUUUUUAAGUCAUAAAUAAAUCACAGGCUGAAUAAUUUUUCAAUGACAAAUCUGGUUCCAAUGUUUUGCUUAUCAGACUAUCUUGCCUAUGUUAUGAAAACGCGGAGACGCAAGUGUGCCAAUAUAUACAUGUGUGUGCACUGACAAUCGAGCUCUGAUAACCGUUCGUUCGUUAGCAAAAGUUUCAUAUCAUUUUAAGCAAUCUACACGACACAUAAAUUUCCC